GUAUCGGUGAGCGUUGAGAAAUCGAAAGUGGGGAAUCAGCCUUAGACUUCUGCCGUUAUGCUGAGCGUAAUCAAAGUCGUGUAAAUUCGUUAAGAUUUUAUUAACUUAUGGAAGGCUUGAGGCUGAACAAAUUUAACUAUCACAAUUUAUACAUUAUACAAUUUAAACAAUGCCGCGACAAAUUAUUUACUCAUACCUACCUACAUCAGGCGUGAGAACAGAUUUUAAACGUCUUAUGAAUGCAUUUCUGAAGGUAAACACAGUUCGAUAUGAACAGUUCAGUAAGGUGUGGCGUGAAAAAAAUAUGUCAUUCCUAUGUGCAGGGCGACAUACAGAACGAGAAGCAAGAGAGGUUCGUUAUUUAAAUUUGGGGUUAAUACUAUCUAAUUACUUUAUUUUUGUAUAUAAAUGAAAAAAAUAUUAUCCUACUUAAUAUAAUUUAUUUAAAUUUAAUUAAAUUUUGCUUAUUAGUAAUAUUAGUAAUUUAAAAAAAAAAAAAAUAAAAUGGCUACAACUACAGUACAGGCUUUAAAACUCUUGGCUGACCAAACUUCCCGUAAAAACGGGAGUGUCCCAUUUUUUAACGAUCGUACCUGGUGUCCUGAAAAAGUCUCUCCGGACGCCUAAAUGAAAAUUUCCCGUUUCUAAAACAAAACACAUUUUCACAUAUUAAAUAAGAAGGAGGGUUUAACAAUGGCUGGGACAACAGCCAAAUGCCCUCAAUUUAAACCUAGACUAGAUGAAUUUAAUUUGUUGUGUUGUAUUUUGUCGUAAAAUAUGUAUAAAUAAAUAAGUAUUCACUGCAAAAUUAUUGUUUUCGUUUAUGAUAUGCCUCAGAGUUUAAAUUAAAUUACAAAAGCGAAGGUAAAUUUAAAAGAUUUCAAGGUCUCAAAAUACCCGGUUGUUAAAAUUAGCAUAUUUCAAUAAACAGUUUCUGGGGGAGGCCCCCGGACCCCUCUUUAGCUGGAGGUUAUUCCCCCAACUGUCCUUGGGUGUGUCCCGUUUUUUCCAGUUCAUGAUUUGGUCACCCUACACUUACAGCGACUAAACUUUCUUAAAAGUACUGUCGAUUUUACAUUAAACUGAAAGUACUUAAACUGACGUUUAAACUGCUUAAUUUAACUUAAACUUAAAUUAAAGUUAGCCUAACUCUCAACUCAACUAUGUAACUUUAUAUUAGGUCUUUACAUUGAGACAGUUUGGCAUAUCUACUCUUGAAAUUCUUGGUUUCAAACUCAUGGCUCGUGACUCAUGGAUUGCGAACCCAAGGGGUGGCAGGUCUCAAAGGUUUUUCUAUAAGGUUGCGGCAAAAAUACUGAAAUACAAAUUUAAAAAAAAAAUAUUUUAAAACAAUUUAAAUUUGUAAUAGUGUUUUUGAAAUUGAAACAUAUCACAUUACCAAUACAUCCAUUUGCAUCUACUUCUACAUAUCUCUGUGAGAGUGGAUUUUCAACAUUUCUUCUUUUGAAAACCAAAAAAGAAACAGAUCAAUUGUUGCAAAUCAAGAGUCAGUGAAUUUUGAAGCUUGUGGACAAGUUACAUCAUUACAUAAAUAUGUCAUAAGUUAAAACUAUAUUGAAAAAUAUAUUUUUAUACUUAUAUUAAAAGGGUGCUUUCUAGGUUUUUGCAAUAUACUUUCUUUUGAUCAGACUAAAAAUUGAACUCAAAUGAUGUUUCCUUCCCGUGCUGGGUAUGCAUUGCACAUUUUGGUUCACAAAAUUAAAGGUUAGAUAACCAAAUAUUAGGAAAAGAGAUGUCCAGAGAUUCAAAUAUCUACUGUCUCUGCAAUGUAGGUUUUGGAAAGUACAGACUGGAUCUCUCUUAUUUUUAUUUUUUUCUACUUCUAUAAUUUUGACUUUGUGUGGAGGCAGAGACUCAUGAGUCAGAACAUAUCAAUGAAAUAAAGAACAUUUAAAGAUGUCUCUAAAAUUAAUGGACGUAGAAACAGGAGCAAUAUUUACUCUUAAAUAGUUAUUUAGAACUUAUUUAAGAAGAUAUUUCAAAUUAUUAAAGAGCUAACAACUUAAAGCCAAAUUUUUACCAUUGAUUUGUAGGCCUAAAGAUUAUACUUUGUUUUUUUCUACUCUUAAUUGCAGUUUAUUGAGAAAAUUCUGCUAAUAGCUAGAGAGUAUUUUUUGCCACCCUUCCAGUUUCAAGUAAGAGUUGGUGGUCUUUAUCUCUUAUAUGGUAUUUAUCAGAUUCAGCCAUUGUUGCCUAAAGUAAAGGUUAGUAUUUUGAUAUUAUUAACACUACCUACAAUCAUUACUAUAAGAAUGUUAAUCUAAACAUUAAAUAGCAAGAGCAAAGUUUUGGCCUGCUAAAUUGAAAGGUUAAAGUGGAGGACUUAACAGAGGAUGCAACCACAUUUUUAAAUAUUUUUUUCUGUAAAUAUCUACUCUGAGGAUUACAUUUUGACCAGGGCAUCUAUUCUUCCCCCCCCCCCCCCCCCCCCCCAUGGUGGAAGCCAAACUCCCCCUCUCCCUUGAUCUUUGUCCAUUCUGCAUGGUAUUUUUUUCAAGAGUUCAAUAUAAUUAGUAAUACAAAAACUUAUGGUUUGAUUUAGUUUAAAAACAGUUAAAAAAACUUUAGCACAUUGUUGACUAUUCAAUAAAGAUAUUGAUAACAAAAGUUUACUAUUUCACUAAUAGCUAAAAAUACUUAACAUUUUUCAGGAAAUCAAAUUAUCAAAUCCAGAAAUAGUUUUAAAAAAUGAAUUUUAGUUGGCCUAUAAUUGUAAUUGUAGUUCUUAUUAAAAAAAAUAUCAUAUCCCUGAUUUGGCUGUACUAUCAAAAUUGUGUAAAUUUUAUAAUUUUUGAUUAGAGUUAAAUCUUCAGCGAAGCCAAAUUUUUUUUUUUUAAUUACCAAUCAUUUCCCAUAUAAAUUUUUGGAAGCAACUAUUUUCUUUCCCUCCUGUUUAUGCAUCUCUGCAUUAUGACAGUACACUACUAACAAGAUUAUACAGGUGUCAGUCUUGGGUGCAGGAAGUUGGGGGGGGGGGGGGGCCCACCCUCUAAAAAAAUACACUAUUUUUACAUCUUAUUUGCCUCACAUCUCCUUACCGCUUAAGUUAAAUGUUUCAGAUUCGUAUCACUCCAUCUCAGUGGACUGACAUAGUUUACUUUCAAGAACAGGCUGCUCAGCAAAAUCAUCUUGAUGUUGUAUAUAUUUUUAAUAGAUUGUUGCAGGAACAGGCCUUCCAUUUUUGCUACACCCCUGAUGAAGUAAGUCUAUUAAAAUCUUAAGCUGUGAGUAAUGGUUUUCUUUUUUGAAAAUAUGACUAUAUAUACUCAUUCAUAAGCUUUUAAACUAAAAAUAUUUCAAGGAGAAUAAAUGGCUUAUGAUCAUGUCAUAGGAGAUUUCUAUGAUUUUCUCUAGUUACAUUGAUUGUAUUAUAGAAAAAAAAAUGUAGAAGAAAGUAAUUAACGGAAGUCAAUAUAAAGCUGAGUACAAAAUUGGCAGUUUGCAAAAUUCAGUUACAACACACAUAAGGCUGGUCUUCAUGUCUCAUUCUGAACUUGUCCAUUUAAGCAGGUCUGAUUGUCAUAUUUCAUAAGAUCAUAGUAGCAGUUGAAAUGUUUCUUUAGAAUGGUUAGAUUUGGUAUCAGCUUCUGAUCUAUAUUAAAUGCCCAUAUAAUGAGAUCUGCACAUAAGCAAACUUUUUAAUUGAUAUUUUUAGAAGUGAAUACGCCUGUGUAUGACAUCAGCUAUUUUUGGAAAUGUUCAGAAUGCUUACCAUAUAUAUCUGUGUUAUACACAAUAAUGCAUUUUAAUUUGUUUUUAAGUCUUUUUACUUAAACAAUUAUUAUUUUUUAAAAAAUUUGAUCUAAGAAAAUUGUUUUUUUAGUAUAAAAUUGCUGCUAUGGGUGUAUUAUUUUAUGGGGCCGGCUCAUGAGGGGUGUCAGUGUGAGAUUGCACAAUUUUCAGGCUUUACCCUGCCAAAAUUAAUUGACUUGGCUUAUAAAGGAAUGGGCUUAUGAAUAAGUAUACAGUUGUAAAAGAGAAUGGUGUUAAAAUUUAAAAAAAAAAUGCCAGACUAUUUUAAACUUGAUCAUAAGGGGGAGAGACUGCAAUUAGGUUAGGCAGAGGAAAUAAGUGAAACAAAGUAUGGAAAAACUAAAAAAAAAGGAUGUAAAAAAAAAAACAAUGUAAGAAGCCUUCUUCAGUGAACAAACAGCAAAAGAAUAAUUAAAUAAUAAUUUAGGGAGUGCAGUGCAGAUUGUGCUAUCAAUUUUUUGCUGGUCUCUUUUAGAAUGUCAUUAUUUUUAGUUAUAAUGUUGCUAGUCCUUGGUUGGUACAACUGGCUGUCUUUUAGUUGCCUGUGCUUCUUUAAUGUAAUAGAUUCUUGUCAUACACAAUGGCUGCUCCACCUUUGUCAGCUGGAUUGAUGAUGAUAUUUCCUUUUGAUGAUGAUCUUUCCUGCUAUGUAGCGUGGAGAGUUCCUUUAACUCUUCUUUAGAGAGUGGUGGAGUGGAGGUAUCAGGCUAAUUAUUGACAGUUUCCCCUUUAAUCUGAACUGGUAAGGUUUGACUAUCCUUGCUCACUUGAAUCACUUGCUUGGGGAUGUUUUGUUUUACCUUUUUAACAUUCUGAUUAUAAUCUCAAUCCUUAAGAUAAGCCACUUUGCAAACAAACAAGAAUCAGAUGACAAAGAAGUAGACAUAGCUGAUGACAUGAAAGAAGAAAAAAGCUCAAUCUACCAAUUGUUUAAUUAUGAAUCUAUGGAGGUGAGUUUACCUAAAAUGUUCAUUAGUGUAUCGCAAUACUUAUUUCUCUUAUUACUUUAUUACAUACAUCAGUACAUGUAUUUAACAUUAUUACAUACAUCAGGAUAUGUAUUUAACAUAUUUACUACCAGGUUGACCCUAAAUUUUCAGUUAAUUAUACUACUUUAAUCUGUUUUUACAAAAAAACAUCUUCUAGUCAGUCUGCCAAAAUUAGUAAGAAAAAAGCAUACCCAAUUUUAUUUAAUAUAGUAGUCAUCUCACCUAUUCCUGGAAAAGAAAAUUUUAGGAAAGAUCUAAAUAGCAAAAGCAACAACUUUAAGAGUUUAAGAAUAUUAAUGAACAUUUUCAUUUAUUUUGCUUAAUACAGGGUCAGUAACUUAUUAAACAUUUUUGUCUGGGGUUAAAAUAUCAGAAUCCGGAUGUUAUUUAUAAACAAUUAGAAUGAACUUGAGAUUUUAGAUUUCAUUGUUCAAGAUUAUUUUUUUUUAUCCACAAUAGAUGAAACACUAAAUGACAUAUGAAUACAAGUCCGAACUUACUGGUUUUUAAUAAUCUGGAGCUCAAGGUCUUUGAAUAAAUGUAACUCAAUAAAAGACAAUCUUUACAUUGAUGGCUUGUAAAGAAAUCAAUAAAAGACAAAGAUUACAUUGAUAGCUUGUAAAUAAAUCAAUUAAAGACAAUCUUUAGAUUGAUGGCUUGUAAAUAAAGUGAUUUUUAAUUUAUUUUCCAGAAAAUAUCAUAUCUUCAAAAUCAAUACCAGCAGCUAAAAAUAGGACUAGCCGGACCUAAUUCCUCAAAACCUGAAAAGUCUCUAGAUGUGAUGCAUGGAGAACUGAUGGAAGACCUAGGAGUGUAAGAAAUUAUGUAAAGUGUGAAUGGUCUUAUUAACCUGCUAAAAAUAAUUAUGUCAAGUUUUUCUGCUGGCACACAUUGAAAAGUAAAAUUAGGGAUAGCUAAAUACUUCAGCGAUCAGAAUCUAAUCAAAACAGUUUCUCCUAUAUCAUUUUGACUUAAAUUGCUUUACUGCAAAUUCUCACAAAUGCAAUGCAACUCACGUGCCAGAACACAAAUAAUCUGUUAAAUGUAAGUUGAUAUGUUAUUAUUAACACCCAUAAGUUUUCCAGUUGCCACAAUCCCCUAUAGUUUAAUCGAAACAUUUUCAACAUACAUGAAGUAUGAAUAGGCCUACCAUUUCCUGUCAAUUAAAUAUAUAUAAGAAUAAGCUAAUGUCACCAUAUGUCACAGCUAAUAAGAAUAAGCUAAUGUCACCAUAUGUCACAGCUAAUAAGAAUAAGCUCAUGUCACCAUAUGUCACAGUUAAUAAGAAUAAGCUCAUGUCACCAUAUGUCACAGCUAAUAAGAAUAAGCUAAUGUCACCAUAUGUCACAGCUAAUAAGAAUAAGCUAAUGUCACCAUAUGUCACAGCUAAUAAGAAUAAGCUAAUGUCACCAUAUGUCACAGCUAAUAAGAAUAAGCUAAUGUCACCAUAUGUCACAGCUAAUAAGAAUAAGCUAAUGUCACCAUAUGUCACAGCUAAUAAGAAUAAGCUAAUGUCACCAUAUGUCACAGCUAAUAAGAAUAAGCUAAUGUCACCAUAUGUCACAGCUAAUAAGAAUAAGCUAAUGUCACCAUAUGUCACAGCUAAUAAGAAUAAGCUCAUGUCACCAUAUGUCACAGCUAAUAAGAAUAAGCUAAUGUCACCAUAUGUCACAGCUAAUAAGAAUAAGCUAAUGUCACCAUAUGUCACAGCUAAUAAGAAUAAGCUAAUGUCACCAUAUGUCACAGCUAAUAAGAAUAAGCUCAUGUCACCAUAUGUCACAGCUAAUAAGAAUAAGCUAAUGUCACCAUAUGUCACAGCUAAUAAGAAUAAGCUAAUGUCACCAUAUGUCACAGCUAAUAAGAAUAAGCUAAUGUCACCAUAUGUCACAGCUAAUAAGAAUAAGCUCAUGUCACCAUAUGUCACAGCUAAUAAGAAUAAGCUAAUGUCACCAUAUGUCACAGCUAAUAAGAAUAAGCUCAUGUCACCAUAUGUCACAGCUAAUAAGAAUAAGCUCAUGUCACAGAGUUCAGUAUAAAAAUUCCCUUUUACUGCACCAAACAAUUUUCUCAAGCUCUAGUGGGCCAAAUAAAAUGAGUUGGUGGGCAGCAUGUGGCCUUCAGGCCUCAGGUUGGACAGCACCGAACUAUUUUUUACUGUAAAUUUGUAAGCAAACAGGGAAAUACUGAAAAUCAGAUUAUUUAAAAUUGUGUUGUCAAAAUUUUGAAAUUAAUUGGCUCUAAUAUCUCCAAACAAUAUGAAUUAAACAAUUUUGCUUGAGCUCAAUGAACCAAAAUUAAAAACAAUCUUAUAAGAACCUAUUAAAAUUACUAACUAUUGUUUUAAAACACCCCCCCCAAAAUUUAAGCUUUGUAUGGUUACCAUUUAACAAGUAGUACUUUUUCACUCCAAAAAAUUAGCAAUUUGCUAAGUAUAUAAAGGAAAAAAUUGGACCUUGACAUUAAAAAAUAGGCAAAAUAAGAAAAUGCUGAUCCAUUGAUAGUUUUCAAAAUUGCAAGAAAAUUGGUAUAUACAUAAUUUAAAAUAAAUUUUUGAACUAUGCAUUUAACAACUUUAAGUUUUUAAAUUUCAAAGGCUAAGAAAAUUUGGUUUGUUUGGGGUGGUUUCUAUAUUUAUACCAAAAUGUCCAAACCUGAUCAUGUUACAGAUUUUAUUUUACUUUAACAAUAAUACUCAAUUGGAAAUACAUGUUAAACUACUUUUUUAAAAUGAAAAUCUAUACAUUACAUGGUAAAGGGGGUUGUGACACUAGAAUUUUAAUAUAGUUUAGGGGUGUGCAAAAUUAAAAGAAAUGUAAGACUCAUCAAUAGAGGGAAAUGUAUAUACAUAUUUUAUAACUGUAGAAGUAAUAAAAUAAUGUAUUUAACCUUCUUUAGAAAACACAGGGAGAGGAAAGACGGUUUGUAUUUUUAAUCCAAUAAAUUAUAUUACAGUCGUGAAAAAGAAAUGGUUUAUAUUUUUAAUUUGAAAUAAAUAAGAAUGUGCAUUACCAAUGUCGUACAGUUCAGUGGUGUUUACAAAUUGUGGGCACAUUUAGUGGAUAAGAUUUUCUUCAUAACUAAGAACAUGAAGAUUUUGUUUCAAUUUUUACAAAGAUACUGCUUCCUGAAAAUACAAUUCAGGGACAUGAACAAUGAUGGGUUAAGAUUUUCUGUGAAAUAAGAAAACAUUUUUUUUUCACUUUGUGCAAAAUACUGUUCACGGAAAAUUUUUAUGAGUUUGAUAUUUCUUUAAAAAAAACAAAGCUCUUUACAAUUUUCUGAUAUUGUAGUUCAGGAGCGAGGAAAAAGUUUGGGUGAAUUUUUAAUGAAGAUAUCAAUAUAUCAACAUCUGUUAAUGUUAUUUAAAAUAUUGCAUAGAUUUUUAAAAAUGUAUGGACAUGAUUUUACUAUUUUUAGAAAAUAUGUUUUUUUUGUUGCUCAGGGGCAUGUAAAAUGGUUGUGAAGGGCUAUAUUAUAUAGAAGAUAAACAUUUCUCAAAAUCCAAUGAUGUUAGAAGCCUAAACAUCUAUACCUAUAUAAUUCUUUAAAAAUAAGGAAAAUCUGAUUUUCUAUUUCCCAAACAUCGUGUUGGCAAAUUGCCAUCAUUUUUUGUUUGGGGCAUACCAUGCAAAACAGAAUAAGUUGAAAAUGGAGUUUGCAACAUCAUGUAGAAAAUAGCGCAAUGAGCCUUCCUUUAAAACCCUGUAAGCACAGGGUUAUAUUUUCUAGUAUAUAUAUUAGCUAAGUUUUUCUGUCUCUGUACUUUAGCUGUUGAAGGCUUUAUACCUGAAAUGUCCACAUUUUUGUAUUGUCUUUCUUUGUGGUUUUUCUCUACAUUGUGUAUAUAUCUUACUGCUUCAAUCUGAAUGCAGUCCUUCCUGUAUUUCUCUUAUUUUUGUCCUUAGAUUCAUGAAAAAUUUAGUUUAUUUUUACGCAAUUCUUGUUUUUUUAAACAAAACUAAGAUUAUGGAAAAGUUUCUAGCUGUACAUUAUAUACAUAAAUUUAGAUACAUUUUUAUUUUAAGAUCCAUUUCAUCAUAAGUAAAUAUGUAUUCUUAUUUCUUAGACUGCUGCAGACUUAUAAUGAAAAAAUUGCAUCAAUCUUAAAAAGUGUAAGUUAAUUUUAGAAUGCAAAAAAAUUUGGAUUUUACAUAUUGUUUUGUUAUUAUCUUCCUUCAAGGCUAUUUCUAUUUAGCAUGUUUGGCAUACACAAGCCAAUUCAUAUUUCAUAUCUACACAAAAAAGUUUGUGCCUUUUGAUUUUAUCAACAUUUAAAAUAAAAAAUAAUCCUAGAAUUCAUGUUUUUGAUCUUAAGUUUGUAAACUUAAUUAUAUUCUUGUAGCAAAAAUCAGUGGAAAAAGAAACAGGCUCAGAAGAAGUAGUGGUAAGUUAUCUAUUUAGUAUUGAGUAAUUCACUCUUAUUAUCAGUAUUUAUAUAAUUGUUAGUUUUGAAAAAGAAAUGCUCUAAGAAAAUAUGCAUUUAAAAUGUAAUUGUUUCAUUGUAAUUUAUCACAUCAGAAUCAUUCUACUCUUUAGUGUGCAGUUUAAUGAAUGCUAAGAUUAAGUUAUUUAAUUUUUAUAUGAACAUGUUGUAAAAUGAGGAUUGCAAUUUUUGUAAUGGAAGGAUAGGAAAUACACUGAAUUUAUUUCUAAAGACAUUUAAAUGUUGCAGCUGCAUAUUCUCAUAUUUAAAAUCCCUUAAUGUUAGCCAGACAGCAGUGUGAACAGAAGACAUAAACUCAAGCUACAAGCUUACAACCAGAUGACGGCAACAUCUUCUAAAAGUACUCACAAUGUUGUGAUUAUCAGUCCUACCUCUCCCAAGAAAAGAGUCGGCUCCACCUCACCCAAGAAAAGAACUAAUUCUACAUCUCCUGACAAACAAGCUAAUCAAGAAGCUACUGUCAGAACUGAAGCAGAUUUUGAUGAUGGUAAUGCUAAAUUUAAUUUAUGCAGAAUAGCUUUAUUAAUUGUAUGGCACAAAAUUCUUUCUUAUUUUAAGACUUGUAACAUUUUUCUUAUUUACUCUACUCCCAUUUCUUGAAUACCUCUGAUACUUGUUAUAAAUCCCGUUGGUUCAUAAGCCGACCCCCAAUUUUUUUUAUAGUAAAAGAGACAGUUCAGAAUGUUUCAGAAUACAGCAACAUACAAAGAAAUUUUAAAAAACUCUUACCUUAUUAUAGAUAAUUUACCGUAUAUGUUUUUGUUUGAUAUAUUGCUUUCAUAGCUUAAGUCAGUGCAAUGUUGAAAUAAAAUGAAAAUAGCAGCACAUAUUUGAACUAAAAAUAGCAGCAUACAUUUGAACAUCGUAAAAAUGAAGCAUUUUAUUGUAAUUAAUUCUGUAAUAAACUUAGUAAUGGUACCUAAUGUCAUAAUUGCUGCAUAAAACAAAUGCAUUAGGUUGGCUUAGUGAAGAGAUACCAGUUUUUUUAAUGUGUGGUCAAAGGCUAAAUCCACAAAUGCUGUUGUGAUACAAAUUUUGUUGUCUUUAUUAUGCUGCAAUAAUUAUCUUCCAUAUUCUAAGCCAUUUCAUCUAUAGGAUUUGCAUUAAAGCAUGGUAAUCAUCGGUUCAGACAGUUAAAUUAAAAAAAAAAAAACUCUAAUAAAUAUUUCAAUAAUACUUUUUUGUGUCUCAGAGUUUAAAAAAACAACACUUUAUUUAAUUCAGAUAACUUCAUGUUCGGUAUAUAAAUAUUUCAGAUAAAUUCAUGAUCAGUUUACCAAUCUUUCAGAUAACUUGGUGUUAAAUAUGCCAGUCUUAGAUGACAGUGAUCACAACUCAGAUCAGGAUUACGAACCACCCACGAAAGUUAUUAUUAGUAAGUGGUUUUAAUAUGUAAUAAAUAAUGGAUAAGAGAAGGAAAAAAACCAAGUUUCCUGACAUGCUGCACAUAUUGAGUACAAUUCAAUGUAUAUAGUUUUCUAUCACCUGAAAUGAAUCAAAGUUAAUCCCAAGUGUUUCACCUAGAUCAGAUCCACUCCUCUUUCUGUCUCAAUGGAUCCAAUUGUCGACCCAAAAAAAUGUGUUGUAUUAAUUUCUUAUUGGUCAAGUUGAAGAGAUUUAUGAGAGAAAAGCAUGUCACAAAAAACUUGAUGCACUCGUGUUGUUCAAGUUUUCAAAUGAUAUUUCGGUCAAGAUAAAGGUGUGUGACCUGUAGAAAACCAGGACGCAAACAUAAUCAGAUAACAGGUCCAUGUGACUUGUAUUUUUGUAAGCAUUCAAUAUUUAAAAAAGAAAAUAAUUCUACUUUUGUUGAUAAUUUAAAGGCACCAUGAAGUCACAUGACAUUUACACGCAUACAGAGCAAACUUGUCACUCUGCUAAUUGACAGACUGAUCAAAUUUAUAUUUUGGAACAUGUGAAACAAAUAGAACCAGCACCUGCUUUCAAUAUUUUAAAAUGAGUUGCUUUCAAAUAUUUAGGAUUUUAAUCUAUCACUUGCUGGAGUUUAGUUGGUUUUAAACAGCUGAUGAGUUGUAUACUGUACACCUGAGAGACUUGUAGUGACGAGUUUUUUUUUACUAUGCAGCUGAGAGAACUGUAGUGUGUUGAGUUGUAUACUAUAGUAUGAGUAGUGUAAGUAAAGACCAAGUAAAUGCUCUAUUAUCAUAUUUUAUUUUUACUUUUCAGGAUCCGAAAAUCUUCCCAGCCAGAGUGUUAAGAUUCCCAAAUCAACUCUUAAAAAAACUAUACCAGAGGAGCAAUUACUUGAAAAUAUAAUGGAUAAGUCUGUAGAGACCAACUGUGUACCUACGCUUAGGAAUGUAACACAAAAUUUAGGUGAUGACUCUAGGGUGAUGGAUGUUGCAAAUGGAAGGAAACAACAUGUUAAAUUUAGAUUUCCAACAAAAAAUGUAUGUUAUGCAGGUCCAUCAAAUGAAGCAGUUCAUGAAGUCAGCUCUAAUGCCAAAACUUCCCAAAGAUUAAAAAGUCAACCCAGGAAAUCCACGGUUGAGGAAAUAAUUGUUUUUCCACCAACCAGAACGCAACAAGACACAACUUAUGAGGAAGGGAAAUUUCAAAAAAGAGGUCGUCCGAGAAAGAAGAAUCUGAUUCCGCCUGCUGUUAAGUGCCCAAGUGAUAACAAAGAACAUAGACCAAAAACACAAAAUAUAAAAAAGAAAUCUGACAGUGGUGGUUUAUCAUGCAACAGAAUGCAUGUCAUCAGCCCUUCACACCGCAAUGAACAAUUACAUUUACCAAAAAAAGGCAAUGCAAAGAAAACAAAAAUUGAUAUGCAACAAUUUGCCGGCAAUGAAAUCAUUGUGUUUCCUUCUAAGCCAGUAAUCCUUAAAAACAUAAAAAGUAACCAAAAUAAUGUAAAAUCUAAACCAAAAAAUGAUUCAAAUCAAAUGAAUGAAAGAGAGCAAGCUAUAAGAGAAACAGUUCAAGAAGAACAAUCAGGUGUGCAUCCUAAAGGAAACAUGUCUCAAGCUGUUUCUAAGAUCACCAGCAAAUACCAGAAAAAACCUAGAGAUAAGGCAAGGGAAGUAACUGUCACCAAAAUAGUUGUGGGGAAAAAAGUUGGUCAACCUCCAACUGUUCAAUCUGUGAUAGUUCAGGACAGUAAUCAAAUUCAAAGAAAUUGCAUAAUAGAAAUAGAUGAUGAGGAAGAUUCUGAUAAUGGUGGACAAUCAUCUGGCAACCAAAUGAUAAAUGUAAAGGUAGGAACUAAGGGUGAUUGCAAAAGAAAAAGAUCACUUGAAAUGGGGGAAUCCACAGUAGCAGGAAAAAAACCACAUUGUUCUGCUGCAAUUUCAAACUCUGCCAGAGGAAGGAGAAAGAGCUCACCAGUUUCAUCUCAUUUACAGGAAGGUAAUAUUAAUUUAACUGUGAAUCAACCAAUCAAAAAAUCCACGACAAGGAAAAGUAUUAGUCAGAGUCCCCGCCAGACAAGGGCAGGAAGAAGCCAGAAGGCAGUAUUGCAAUUAGAUCCCAGAACUGCCCAAGGAAGGGGAGGUAAAUUUGUUGAGAAAGGUUCUGGAUAUUCAGCAGCAGAAGAUAGAGAUGGUCAAAGCCAUAGAGACAAAGAUGAAAAUGCCCCUAAAAAAUGUACACAAUUUUCCAAGGGUCAAGCAUCUACCUUGCAGUCCGAAAACCCAGAUGGUGGAAUGUUAGAAAGAAAGAAAGUGGAGAAAAAAGUUUUACCUUUUGCAUAUAGAUUCUUAUAACUUUUACAUCCAUUCCUAUGUUAAUAUUCUAAAAUUACUAUGUGUGAAAAUGCAAAGAAGCUGCUAUUAAGGAAUCAACAGUUUUGUUUCAAUGCAUUUUAACAAUAGAUUUUAUUUGUAGUUUAAGUUAAAAUUUUUGUUAUAUUUAACCUUGAUUUCAGUCUUAUAUCCAUGGUCUCAAUUAGCCUAGUGGAAAAAUCCAGUGCUUUUUGCAUUUUAAAUAUUUGGGGCCAUUCUCCAGAGUCAAAACUGGAGCUUUUUCAAAUUCAAAAUAAAUUUUUAGGAUUUAUUCAGCUAUUUUGACUGGUAGAAAAUACAUUUCAUUACACCAACAUGAUGUGUGCCCUUUUCACAGUAGUUCAGGUUAAGAACUUUGGAGAAAAGUCCUUUUUGUUUAGUGAAUCUAGAUUUUUCAAGAAAUAUUUCUUAGUUCACUGUGGCCUGUGUUAGCAUAUUGUGCCUUACUAAUUAAUCCUGCCUUGCACACACCUAAGACGUCAUUAGAAUUUAAAAAAGCUCACAUUUGUUAACUAAUUGAAGUAAUUUUUCUUGUAACAAUAAACUGAAAGUCUGUUGUUUUUUUUUAACUUAGUGAAUUUCUAUAUUUGUUUAAAAAAAGAUUAUGUUGCCCUGGAGAACUGAGUGAGAUUAAUGUCAGAAACGCAUUCCUUGUUAGAGAAAAAUACAUUUUACUCACUGUCCAGCAACGCCCACCCAAUUUCCUAGCUUCUAAUUGUAUUCAUUGGUACCUUUAAACAUUUUGGAUUAAUGUUAAAUUAAAUAAUGUACAGGUUCUUUCAAAUAUAUUUUCCUUUCUUUCAGGCUUAAUAUUGAAUUACAUUAUGAAUGAUUCAGUAAUUAUUGGAAUUAUUUAUAGUACUCUGGCUUGUUAAAUUUCUUUGAAAAAUGUUUAAUAAUAUGCUUCAAUUAAACUGCACGACCUUGGGCAAAUAUCUUUUAUUUACAUUGUAAACAUUGUAUGUGGACAGCACCUGUUAUCCCAUGGAAUAUGUUUUAAAAUAAAACUUAUUACUUAAGUGAUCAUAAAUUAAAGUUUAAGGUGAAAUAAUUGUUCACUUUUUGCACAUCAAAUUUAUUAAUUCAAUAAACC